AGACGGCGGCGGAGGAGAGACAGAGAUAGAGAAGGGGGUCACAUCAGAAAGUGCGACAGAGGAAAACAAGACAGAAAAAAGGGAGACAGAGGGAAGCUUUAAGGAUAGUGGUUCUCGCUGUAAAUUACUGAGGUUAAUAAACAAGGGGCUGAUUCUUUUCUGGCACUGCUCUACAAGAGGCUCAGGCUUUCCCACAAUGCUCGGGACAGCUGGGGAGGGCUAUCGCUGCCCCCAGAGUCUGCACAGCCUAAUGGGAAUGCGGGCAGAUCUCUUCCAGCUGUUAAACAGGAACAGUGCUAUCAGGAUGUUGAUGCUGGAUGGGAUGCCAGCCCUGCCAGUCAAAAUCGAUCCUGCAGAGUCACAGAGACGGUCUCCUGUGAUCCAUGACUACACAGAGAUGGGCGUGCUAGUGUUGAACCGCAGAUUUCGGAGACCAUCCGACGAUAGAUUCCUGUCUGACCCCUUCCAGAUGCAAACAGAACCCGUAGACCUGUCCACCAACAGAGCCAGAACCUCCCCAUCACUUUCAGCUUCAUCAUCUUUAUCCUCAUCUCCCUCGUCGUCCUCAUCAUCAAUACGAUUUUGUCCACGGUCUCCUCCUUCCAGCAAGUCUGUUUCAUCCUCAUCACCAUCAUCGUUAUCUAUGCCUUCAUCCUCCUCCACUUCUGUCAUAACCCCCGUUCCUCGUUUGAAGAUGUCUCCAGUGCUGGCCUCUCCCCCGGCCAGGAGUCUCAGGGGGCAGUCGUUCUUGCACAUACCCCAGCUGAUGCCUCCUUGCUCCAGCCCGGUCCACCUCCACCCACGCCGGGUGCCGGUGGUGGUGCAGCCCAUGCCGCUGGUGUACCAUGGAGUAGGAUCGCUGGGAAACAGCAGGCUCAUGAUGCCACUGCUGGAGGAAAACAGGAUACACAGGAAAGUCAUGCACCGAAUCGCAGAUGGACUGUCACCUCGGCGAUCUUUGAGUGACAGCGAGGAUGAUGACCUGCCCAAAGUGACCUUGGAGAGUGUAAAUGAAACAGGAUCCACUGCCCUGACUAUUGCCCGCGCUGUGCAAGAUUCCCUGUUGCCGUUCAGCAUUGAGAGCCUGCGGAGGCCCCGGCCUUCAGAGUCCCCAGACUCAAAGAGGAGGCGCAUUCACAGGUGUGAGUUUGAGGGCUGCAAUAAGGUUUACACCAAGAGCUCUCAUCUUAAAGCCCACAGACGCACACACACAGGUGAAAAGCCAUACAAGUGUACGUGGGAUAACUGCUCAUGGAAGUUCGCUCGCUCUGACGAGCUGACACGACAUUACCGCAAACACACCGGUGUCAAACCGUUCAAAUGCAGCGACUGCGACCGCAGCUUCUCCCGCUCGGACCACCUCGCCCUCCACCGCCGCAGACAUGCCCCACAAACAUGCAUAGUGUGAAAAAGACAUUUGGUGGACAAUAUAAGCAGACAGAGCUGGUCUCUAUCUGCCAGUGUCACAUGCAGAAGACCUGGAAUUACUCCUCGCACAACAAUGAGGUGAAAGACAUGGGAUUUUUACAGGAAUGAGAGCUGGAAGAUGAGGUCCAUGUAUUAUGCGAUUCACGUGCAUUUAUAUACAUUUCCCUCAUAUGGUUUAUCUUCUGCACUUUUAUGUGAGGUUUAUUCAGAAAGGUGGGAGCCUCGAUUUGGCACAGAGUCUUAGCUACUAGCCCAACUAUUAAACGCCUGUUAAAGGUGCUGAAUGCGAUUUAUAUACAUAAAUACAAUAGAAUCUGUAAGCAACUAUUUUCCAUGAUAGAUAGAUAUAGUGUAGUAACAAAAU